AUGUAUCAUCCAAACAAGAGACGUAAAACCAACUACUAUUCAUCACAAAACGAGGAGGUGAGUUUGGUCGAGCUCGGACAAUACAACCAUGGCAAUCAAAAGGAAUCGAGUCAGUUCAACGGUCAAGGCCUCAACAAUCACCAUAGUAAUCUUGACAUUGGACGAGACCUCAUCAUAAACAAUCAUCAACCAAAUCAUACAGAUAACGAUAAACUGCACAAGGCCAGAGAAUCCGUCUUUACAUCUCUAUGCUUUGAUCAGAUGGAUGCUCGUCAACUCGAUGUCAGGAUUGCGCAUAAUGACACAUGCCAAUGGUUUCUCCAGACGCCCCAAUACAUCAACUGGCUGAAUAUGGAAACCCCUGGAGACCAAGACCGAUUCCUAUGGAUUAAAGGAAACCCAGGUGCUGGAAAGUCCACGCUGAUGCGCUUCGUGCUCGAUGAGACUCGCCGAUCCAUGGAAAGCCGCAAGGUUCUCGUAGCCUCCUUCUUCUUCAACGCCCGGGGGUUUGAACUGGAAAGGUCUACAAGCGGUUUAUACCGAUCGCUACUAGUCCAAAUACUCGAAGCACGUUCCGAUUUGUGGCAGAUUUUGGAUUUCAUCAGGCCUGGACACCAAUGGAAAAUCGCCUCGCUACAAUCCUUGUUGGCGCUGGCAAUAAAACGACUGGAACAUCCUUUCAUAUGCUUCAUUGAUGCUUUGGAUGAAUGCGAACAAACACAUAUUCGGGAUUUGGUUUCCUUCUUGCAUCAAGUCUCCAAUGAUAGGACGAGCCAGGUAUAUACUUGCUUCGCGAGCAGAUACUACCCUAAUAUCACAGUUUCGAAAGGAGUGGACUUUCAUCUCGACCGUCAAUAUGAACAUGGACAGGAUAUAGAUCGCUAUCUGAACGAUGUGCUGUGUAUUGGGAACGAUUUUACACUUGCUGAGCAGAUUCGACGCGAGAUUCAGCAUAAGGCUUCGGGCAUUUUCCUGUGGGUUGUUCUCGUCGUGAGAGUUCUUAAUGCCGAGUAUGACGCAGGUCGCAAGCAUCUACUCCAUCAAAGACUCAGAGAAGCCCCCGAAAACAUUCAUGAAGUUUUUUACGACAUGCUUUCUCGGAAAAAAGACGACUUAGAAGGACUUCAAGUCUGCCUUGGUUUGGUGCUAUUCGCCAGGCGUCCUCUCUCCCUGAUGGAGCUAUAUUUUGCAAUCAUUUCCAAGCUAGAGCCCCAGCAGUUGGCUUUUUGCCAUUCGACAAGGAUAUCAGUAGAUGAUGCUCAGAGGUAUAUCCUGGAUAAGUCCGGUGGAUUCGUUGAGACUACAAGAGCGCCUAACCGAACCGUUCAGUUUAUACACCAAUCGUUCAGGGACUUCUUGACCAAAGAAAGUACGCUGAGCAGUAUUUGGCCACAUGGAGCCGGAAACUUUGAGGGGCAAAGCCACGACACUCUUAAAAGAUCCUGUCAAACCUAUAUUGAUAUGAUGGGUCCUUCAUUGAAGCGUUUAUCCCCAGAUGAAACUCUUGGGUCAUCAUCCCGCGAGGCAAGACAAUUCCUCGAGAACGUGGACAUCAUGUUCCCAUUUAUUAAAUAUGCCAACAACAACCUUUUCUACCACGCUGAUCGAGCAGAGUGCCUCGGGAUCAGUCAACGAGCCUUCUUGAGUCAGAUUUCUACUGAAGAGUGGGCGCGACAAUAUGCUAGACUUUCCGGACAAGCACUGUCCUACCCCACCAAGGUUAGCUUGCUAUACAUUUUGGCUUCGCGCAAACUGGCAUCUCUGAUUCGAGUCCACACGUGCGGUCAGUCUUGCUUCGAAAUUGAAGACGCAUUUUAUGGUGCCCCCAUAUUCGCAGAACUAGUGGGAGAUGAUAGGCUUCUGAGCUACGAAAAACUUGUGGCCUUGCUGGACAUGGAAAAUAAUCAGAUGGACGCCACCCUUCAUCUAGACUUCCAAAAGCGACUGCAGGACCGGAAGAACUGGUGGAAGACAAUUCCAACUUGGGAGUUCCCCCUGUUGAGAGCUACGCGGCCGCUGUCGCUUCUCGCAAAAUAUGGGCUAUAUUGGAUAAUUCCCUAUUACUUCGCUAUUCAGAAGAAUGUUGGCGAAUUGAUUGACCACAAAACUGACGAUGGCCUGACACCAUUGUUUCUAGCGGUGAAGGGCGGACAUCUUAGCACGUCGCAGCUGCUCUUAGAAAAAGGUGCCAAUAUCAACCUUGCCAAUAAGGAUGGGUGCACACCACUACACGUCGCUGCUGAGCAUGGACACUCACAAUUGGUUCGGCUACUGAUAGAAUGCGGCGGAAACCUCCAUGUUACUAGAAAGGAUGGAACUACACCUCUCUUAUCGGCUUCAAAGAACCGUCACCCUCAAGUGGCUAAAAUGCUGGCUGAGCGCGGUGCUGACCCGAAUUCCCGCUCUGGCUGUGAAGGUGGAGGGACUGCCUUGCAACUGGAAGUUCGAAACGGAUGUUUAGAGACGGUAACACUGCUUAUUCACUAUGGUGCUAACGUGAAUACUGCAGAUAGUCUUGGUGUGACGCCUUUACACAUGGCAUCACGUCAUCCAUCUACCACAAUAGCGCGACUGGUUAUCGAGCAUGGUGCUUAUGUAAGCUCUAAGACCAACAAGGGACGGACGGCUUUGCACUAUGCUAUAGAAGGCCGAAAUCCAGGAGUAACAAAAUUGCUGCUAGAGAACAAAGCCAAUGUCAAUGAGACUGACAAUGAUGGGUUGGCACCCCUACACCUGGCGUCUGAACAAGGGAACGCCGUAAUUGCUCAGCUACUCAUAGACCACGGUGCUAAGCUCAAUGAUUCGUGCCAAAACGGGCGGACACCGAUAUCCCUGGCUUCAGAGCGUGCCAAUUUCCUCUUAGCUAAGCUUCUUGUGGAGAACGGUGCGAAUUUGUACGCCGCUCGAAAAUACUCGUGGGAUCUUCUCAACUGGGCGUACGUGCACGGGCAUUUUGAGAUGGCUAAGAUGCUUGUUAAGCAUGGUGCUGAUCUUAACGCCACCGACGACCAUGGGAAUACCCUCAUCUACUCGAUGGCUUCGUGUGGGCAUGCUGGAGUGGUAAGGUUGCUCAUCGAACAUGGCGCUGACGUCAAUAUCCUUGGCAAGGAUGGGAGAAGACCUCUCUACCGAGCGACAGCCAAUGGACACUCGGAACUACCCAUGUUACUCAAGCAGCAUGGUGCCCAACGUUGGUAA